AUGACAGUACCAGCUCUGUCUGGCCUGUACAGCCUGGUGUCUGGUAGUAAUAGUAUCCGCUGUUUCAGCAAGCAAAAGUCAUUACUGUCUUCCAAGGGUUGUGUUGUUUUGACUGAUAUUACAGCCAUUGUGGACUGGAAAGCACUAAUGGGACUGGUAGUCGUGGGCAUAGUGGGGAUCAUGGUGGCUGUGCUGAGGGAGAACAAAAAGGAGCAGCAUGAUCACACAUCAGAAGUUCUUACUGAGAGGAGUGGAGGAGAUGGGUACAUUGUCACAUAUAUGGUGUUGGUUGAUUCAGCCUUUCUGGCAGGAGGUGGAGAGAAUAAUCAAUCAGGGAAGAGUUCAUCUCAAAAGAUGAAAAGAAGAGAGAUCCCCACUAAUGGGACAAUAUUCAUCCUUCUUGGGUUUUCAGACUUGUCUCUUAUGGCCCAGGUCUCUCUCUUCCUUUUCUUCCUUUUUUCUUUCUUUCUCUCAUUGGUCGGUAAUGGUCUCAUCAUCUUGGCUGUCACGCUCAGUCCUCGGCUCCAUACUCCUAUGUAUUUCUUCUUAAAGGUUUUGUCAUUUGUUGAAAUUUUAUCUAUCACUUCUACAGUCCCUAAGGCUCUUCAGAGCUUCUUCUGGGGGGGACGGACUAUCUCCCUGUUGGGUUGUGCUGCUCAGUUCUUUUUCUUUAUAGUGGCCGCAGCUUGUGAAUGUGCCUUGCUCACAAUGAUGGCCUAUGACCGGUACAUGGCCAUAUGUCACCCCCUCAGAUACAUGUCGUUUAUGACUGUGAACUUUUGUUAUCAAGCCACACUUUAUCUCUUUAUUUUUGCUAUUGUUAAUGCAGUCAUAGAAUGUUUCUUGAUAUUCAGUUUGCCCUAUUGUGAUUCUCAUCUUAUCGCUCACUUCUUCUGUGACAUUCCACCAAUGAUGACUAUAGCCUGUGCCAAUACAUUCAUUGUCGAAAUUUAUCAAUUACUCAUAAGUGCAACUUCAACCGUGGUGCCAUCUAUUUUAAUAAUCUGCUCCUAUAUCAGGAUCCUGACCUCCAUAUUCCUGCUCCACUCUGCAGAGUCCCGGCAAAAAGCUUUUGUUACUUGUGGUUCUCACCUGAUCUCUGUAGUUAUUUUCUUUGGGACCGCCAUGUUUGUUCAUCUUCGAUUGGACAAUCCAUUCUCUUCCUAUGAUGAUAGGAUGCUGGCACUUUCCUACUGUGUCAUAAUCCCAACUAUCAAUCCUUUGAUCUACAGCCUGAAGAAUAAGGAAAUGAAGGAAGCCAUCUGGAAACUGAAGCUAAUAUGA